AUGAUUCAAUGCCCACCUCAUGCCUACGAAUGGAAUGAUCCUAACCUUAUCCGCCUACUGGGGAAGGUCGGAUCGCCCUAUUUGAUGACCAUAUUUGGGCGAAAGCCACCGGAGUGUCACCGAGAGGACGGCUACACUUUCUUGGAGAAUGGCACGAUUCGAAUGAAUCCCGCCUUUAAUAGUACGCCCAAUGUCUAUAUUCUUGUACUCGAUUCGGCUGGCCGCUAUCCAGCAUUGAGACAACUCAAAAGGACCUACGCGUUUAUGAUCGACGAAAUGGGCGCCAUCGAUUUCACCCGGUACAACCACGUCGGCUACACGAGUCGAGACAAUGCACUGGUUGCUUUUUCGGGAAUCAUUGGCGAGAAAGCCGAUCGCUCGCUUUUUGGUGGGACGAUACUCAAGUCCUCGUUCAAGUGUGAUCAAUUUCUCGACAAUCAAAGCCACAUUUUCUUUGAAUUCGAAGAUGCCGGCUAUCAAACGAUGUUCGCUCAAGACUAUCCCCACGAUCUCUACGCUUACAUGGACUGUGCCGGAUACAAGAACGACUUUGCCGCGCAUCUUUUUAGGCCAUUCAUCCUUCUUACAACGCCGCAAGAUUCUGCAGAGCGAAGAACAUGGUCUAAAAUUGUGGAAAGAACUUUGCUGGAGGAACACUUGCUCAAGCCCGAAAACUGCGGCCGAACGUUUCAACACGUGCUGAGAUAUCUCGAGCGAUUCAUCGAUUCGUAUGAAGAUUCGCCGAAAAUUUCGAUCGUUUGGACGAAUGAGGGCCAUGAUGAAGAGAAGGGUUUUCGAGUCUCCGAUCAUCACUACGAGAAAUUUCUUCGAGAUAAUAGAGAAAAACUAAAAGAUGCCUUUCUCAUUGUGAUGGGUGACCAUGGACAGAAAGGAGGCAAGAUAGGAGACACCGAGCAAGGACAAUUCGAAAAUCUCACGCCACUAAUGCUUUUCUCAGUCCCACAAAAACUACGAGAUACGCCGCUUGAGGCAAUGGUUCGGAAAAACGCCGAUCAAGUGUUCACGCCACACGACCUUCACGCCACUCUGAUCGAUAUUGUUCGGAAUCAAGCAAAAAUCGGCUUUCGAGACACAAAUUACUUGCGAAUCAAUGCUACUCGCGGAAACUCGUGGCUAAGAGAGUUGGACCCGGAUCUUCCACGCGAUUGUCAACACUUGCCGAUUCCAGCUCAAGGCUUCAAAAUCACGCCCAAGCUGAUCGAAGCAAAUUUUGAGGCCUACCUGAGCGAAAAUGGUGUGCUCGAACUCUGCGAGAUGGCCAGAGUAGAAAAUAUCACUAAAAUGAGACAAGUGCUACUAAAAGAGCAACUAAUCGCGAUUCGCGUCGAGUUUUUCACAGCACGAGAAGCAAAGUUUAUGGUGACAUUUGGCAUUCAACCAAACGGCUCACUUUUCAUGCAACCCAAGGUUUUUGUUCGGCUAAAUCGUUAUCACAACACGGCCGACUGCAUCAGUGCUCAAAAAGCGGCUCUCCGACCGGUGUGCUAUUGUAAAGCUCAGGAGAAGGGACGAGUGAUAGUA